AAAAGCUAUUAACCCAAAGAACGAACUGGAGUCUGGAAGGGAUAGGGAUUAGGGAAUUGCGGUUGUCAGUUCCAGACCAAUCAAAACUGAUACGGAAACACUACUACCAAUUCGAAUUUCUUCAUUCGUGAAAAUGAAAGGAGAAAAUCAUUACCGAUAAUGAGGAGUUUACUCUGCAGCUGUUCAGCUACACUUGCAUCGCCACCGCCGUCGCCGGAGCCAUCGCCGGGAUUCUCCAACAGAAACCUCCCAAGCGUUCUGCUACUGGCGGAUAAUUUGGCCAAGAAAACCUUGCUCGGAGUCGUGACCGGAGCUCUCUCCUUCAGUCUAGUGCUCUCUUCUCCCGCUUCGGCGACCUUGGAAUCCGCACCUCUACAAGCGCCUUCACCGGCUCCGUUAUCCGAGUACUGCCGCGAAGAAGCUGCAGCAUCAUCGGAAGGAGCUGAUCAACGAGCCGUAGUCGAGGCCGGGCGUCGAGUACCGACGAACCAGAGGAUUGUGGAGGAAGCGUGGGAGAUCGUCAAUGGGAGCUUCCUCGAUGUCGGCCGACAUAGCUGGACGCCGGAAAGUUGGCAGCACAAGAAGGAAGAUAUAUUCAGCAGCUCCAUUCAAUCGAGAUCCAGAGCUCACGAGAUAAUCAGAAGGAUGUUGGCUAGCUUGGGGGAUCCCUACACCCGUUUUCUUACCCCUGCCGAGUUUCCCUUGUUGUGGUGGCUUGUUCCGGCAUUUUGUAUCUUUGGAAGUUCUCGAGGAUGGCGCGGUUUGACAUGACUGGAAUCGGAAUAAACCUCAGGGAAGUGCCAGUAGGGGAGAAUGGAGAGGUGAAGCUGAAAGUAUUGGGAGUCCUGCUGGAUGGCCCUGCUAAUGCUGCUGGAGUGAAACAGGGUGAUGAGAUCUUGGCUGUAAAUGGAGAGGAUGUGCAGGGGAAAUCAGCAUUUGAAGUGUCAUCUUUGUUGCAAGGCCCGAGCGAAACCUUUGUGACAAUUAAGGUGAAGCAUGGGAAUUGUGGACCUGUUCAAUCGCUGGAUGUUCAGAGGCAAGUUGUUGCUAAAACACCUGUCUUUUACCGGUUGGAACAGAUAGACAAUGGCAGGAUCGCUGUUGGCUAUGUGCGCCUGAAAGAAUUCAAUGCACUGGCAAGAAAAGAUUUGCAAUGAAGCGACUGCAAGACAUGGGUGCUUCCUAUUUCGUUUUGGAUCUUAGAGAUAAUCUUGGUGGAUUAGUGCAGGCGGGGAUUGAAGUUGCCAAGCUUUUCCUAGAUAAAGGCGAAACAGUAUGUGAUUUACACAGCUGGGAGGGAUCCUCAGUACCAAACCACCAUUGCUGCUGACACUGUGCCAUUGGUGACCACUCCUGUCAUUGUGUUGGUUAACAGCAAAACCGCAAGUGCCAGCGAGAUUGUUGCCUCUGCACUCCAUGAUAAUUGUAAAGCGGUUCUUGUGGGAGAAAGAACUUUUGGCAAGGGUUUAAUUCAGUCUGUUUUUGAACUGGAUGAUGGAUCUGGUGUGGCUGUCACUGUGGGGAAGUACGUUACACCAAAUCACUUGGACAUAAAUGGUGACGGAAUCGAUCCGGAUUAUCGAAAUUUUCCAGCGUGGAGUGAUGUUAACCAACACCUAUCACAGUGCAAAACUCGGCGACAGGGAUAAAUACUUCGUCUGUAGAUCCUUCACUACUGUCAGAAAGACCAGCAGAACCGAAAGUGCAGUACAACGGCUGGCGUGGAGAAAUGUUGGGGCCGCUCUUUGAAAGGGAAACUCAGGUGGCAAUGUAAACGUACACUGGUGAAUCUGGACACUGUGGAAAUCAUACGAAUAUUGGACGGAGCUGGGAUUGUUCAGGAAGAAUCGCACGGCCUGGUGAUCACACAUCAUUGCCAAGUAUUAUUGGCUCAAGAAGUUAAGGCCGAAGGAUGGAGAUACGCAAAUACAGAAGAUUCGUUAAGUGAUUAUAUAGCCAUUUCUUGCUGGCACAGAUAUUUGGUAGGCUUUUACAACUAUCUGUUUCUUUGCUCUUCUGCAUAAUGAGUUGAUUAACUUUUAAGGGUUUUGAACCGACCCGGGGGGCCUUUCGGUGUAAUGCUACAUUAUGCUACAUUUCCAAGGGGCGACCUUGUGAUAUUAAACCAAGUUCAUAAACUGGAGGAGAUGAUCAUUCACCGGUUGAAGAUAAACUGCUAAUAGAAUCUGAUUGAAGAGUGCUUCUUGCAGACUUUACUGCAGCUUGUCUCUCAGGGAUGAGGUCCAGUAAAGCUUCAGAACUAUCAAGGAUGAGCAAGAGAGUGGCAUGUCCAACUCCCGUAAACAAGUCCAACAAUCCAAUCUGAUGACUAUAGUAGAAGAUAGCAACUGCGAGAGCCUUCACUUUUACAAAACUCUUCGAUGAACGAACAAGAUAGUCCGCCCUGCUGUUCAAUAUUUGUUCAUUGCGGACUCCUGAUGUCGCUCGCUCGUCAAGGGCAGAGUCUGGUCCAAUCGAAAUGCGUAAAAUAAGCUUCAAUCUCGAUGCCUGACAACCUUCUCUGACCUGCCCAGGUUCCAUUGCUUUUCAGCAUUCAUAAACUAGUCAAACGCAAAAUGUUGACGUUCAUGGAAUCCAGCGGUCCUCCGGCAGAGAAACAUUCCUGACCACUGCCCGAGUUGUUUCUCGCCCCAACUCGGAGACCUUCUCCAGCUUCGCAUAAACUCGCCCAUAUCCACACAACCAUUCGACUCCUUCUCGAAGCCUGACGAAAGUCUGAACGGGGGAAGUAAAGAGUAAAGACCCUUAGAGAGCUGAACCCAGAACCGAUCAUCCUCAUGAAGAAUCCUCCAUCCUUACUUUCUUUACCCUACUAGCAACUGUAUCAUUGGGAGUUUUCGACUGCAAAGAAAAGCUACAGCCACAGCAGCAGCAGGUCGGCCGACAUGGGUUUUUGGCUUGUUCAAUCUUUCGUAAUCGCUCUCUUGUAUCUGCUCAUAAUGUCAGGAGCUAGUGUUGCAGAGCCACCGCCACUGGAAGCAAUCGAGGAAACCGACCUAGUAGAGAAUCGAGAAUACCAGAACCAACCAUUCUCUUCCUCUUCGCUGUCCACCAGCCAUCUAGACUCAACAGGAGGGGAUGUUCCUAUCGUCAACCCAACAAGUCCAGGCACAGGAGGUGCCGUUCCCAUCGUCAACCCAACAAGUCCUGGCACGACUCCAUAUGGGAAUCCCACUGACUCCCCGCCAACAACUCCCUUUGGAAAUCCUACAGACUCACCUCCAACACCAACUACGAUCCCCACCACAACGCCUCCAGCCCCUCCUAUGUCAGGAAACCCGCAGCCCACAACUCCAACAGGACCAGGAGGUGGAGGAGGUGGUGGUGGUGGUGGUUUUGGUGGUGGAGGAGGAGGAGGAGGCGGCGGAGGCGGCGGUGGGGGGCAGUGGUGUAUAGCGAGUCCAUCUGCUUCAGAAACUGCAUUGCAGGUGGCACUUGAUUAUGCUUGUGGCUAUGGAGGAGCAGAUUGCUCGGCGAUUCAGUCGGGAGCUAGUUGCUACAACCCAAACACUCUCCGAGAUCAUGCUUCGUAUGCCUUCAAUGACUACUACCAGAAGAACCCAUCUCCUACCAGCUGUGUUUUUGGUGGAGCUGCACAACUCACCAGCACUGACCCAAGUAAGAACAUAAAUUCUCCUUUGACAGUAGACUCAGUUCAGCAUGAGUCCGCCAGGGAAUCCACCACCAACAUUUACGCCCCCAACUACGAUGAGUCCACCAACACCGAUGGCUGGUACUGGAGGGCCACCAGGAGGGUUUGGAGGGCCACCAGGAGGAUUCGGUGGGCCACCAACAACAUACGGUGUAGCAGAGCCAACUGGUCUUCCCAGCGCUGCAACCUCACUUCCAUCAAACCUAUUGAUCCUCUUUUCAGUAACUGCCAUUCUUGGAUCCUUGAUCAUCACAAACCAUCUGUAAAAGCUUCAAAAAGUCUCUGAAUAGUCUCACCUUUGGCUGGCAAUUUAUUUGCCCGCGAUUGUUCAAGAACUUUGGGAGCAAAGCAAGGAAGAAACAAGGACACCAGGAUUCAUCCCCUAGACAUUAUUUAUACAGCAUAAGAUCUAUUUAUAAUAUGUCUCCUACCUAAGAAUGUUAGUCAAGUAAGGGCAGGAAAGAAGGGAGAUAACGAGGGAAGCAAUAGAAUAUUGUAGCUACUUGUACUUAUAGACACAGAGCUUCUAGUGCUAGAAUAAUAAAAUUUAUUCAAGCUCAGAUGUUUAGGACUGCUUGUCAUUAGCUAGAGCAAGACAGAAAUGUGAAAGGGAGCUGAAACUUUCAAACGCAUAAUCAUUCUUUGGUGUGAUCAGGAUACUUCAUCAGAAGAAGAGCAAUAAUUGUGGGUAGACAUAAUGGAUUGCCAACACAGGGACCAUGGAGCUACCCAGCUUUAUAUAAAUUCACUAAAUUAACAUAGGCAUGCACACAAAUUUGUCAUGACUGUAACCUCAAGGCUCAAGCC